AUGACCUUCUCAUGCGUCACAGCUGCCAACGUAGAUGUUGUUGAGACCAUUGAGGGAGUCCUUAUUGGUGCAUUCGCUGAUCACGGAGUUGCUGCAGUUAAAUGCAUCCAGGACGGAGAAGAAACCUUCCAAGAAAUUGAAGAAUCUGUCAAAGAACUCUCUAAGGGAGGAGUCACAAACAUUGUCAACGGACUUUCUCACAUCGGACAAGCCCUUGAGCACCUUCCAGAAGAAUUCAAGGACUGCCAGAGUGCUGAAGCCAUCCUCGAUGACUUCAAAUAUCUUGUUGAAGAAUUUAAGAAUCCAAAGCAAUUGGUAGUGCAUGUUGGAUACGAGAUCCUCUGGUACGGAAGAUCAAUCUAUAAGGACAUCACUGGUGCUGUUGCUAACUUCGGAGAAGGACACUUCAAGGAUGCUGGAGUCAACGUCGGAGAUAUCAUUCACAUUCUCCUCGUACAGAAGGCAGUCAACAGACCACAAUAUACUAUCCCAACCGCUGAAGUUGAACAACUUGUUGAGGGAAUCCUCGUCGGAACCUUCGGUGGAGAUGCUAAAGCCGCUGUUGAGUGUCUUGAAGAUGGUGAGCAAAUCAUCGUUGAUAUCGAAAAAGCUAUCAAUGAAUUCGAACAAGGUGGAGUCACCCAUGUUGUCGAAGGACUUAAAUUCAUUGGAGAAGCUCUUGAAGAACUCCCAGUUGAACUCCAAGAAUGUGAAGCUGCUGAAGGACUCUUUGAUGAUUUCCAACACAUCAUUGAUGAAUUCAAAAACCCAACUGAACUAGCUGUCCAUUUCGCUAAGGAAAUCCUCUGGCACGGAAAGACCAUCACUAAAGAUGUCAAAAACGCCCAGACCCACUUCAAUGCCAAAGAAUUUGAACCAGCUGGAGAAGACAUUGGCGCCAUCGUCAAAAUUCUCUUUGUUGACAAGGUUACUACCUUCAUCAAAGACCAGUUCUAA